GUAUCGCUGUAAAGCGUUUCUCGAGCGCUGCAUAAAGAGACGCGGCCAUAGCGAGCAAACAUUGCGAUAAAAGCGCCCUCUGAACUUUUAAGUAAUUGAUUGAUUUAUGGACUUCACGUGAUAUUUCGCGAGUUAUCAUUGAAAGGUGCCGGAGGUUUAGGAGUUGUAUGCAUUUAAUCGGGAAUAUCCACUCGAUAAUAAACUGACGUGUAAUAACAGAAUUGGAGGAACUUGAUAUUCGAUCGGGAAAGUAAUAUAUUCUAUGCAAUUGUGAAGUGUUAAUUGACAGUCAUGGAAAUACUAACUGGAACACUUGUAAAGAAAGAUGGUUCUGAAGUAUCUUGUAGUGAAGCAUUGAAAGAAGCUGAGGUUAUUGGCUUGUAUUUUUCUGCUCACUGGUGUCCACCUUGCAGAAAUUUUACUCCUAUACUUGCUGAUGCUUAUGAAGAAAUGAAAGAUUUGAAUUAUAAAUUUGAAGUUGUCUUUGUAUCCUCUGACAGAGAUGAGAAAUCAUUAUUUGACUAUAUGAAAGAAUGUCAUGGUGACUGGUAUGCUCUUCCAUUUGGUUCAGAAAAAAUUAAAGAAAUGAAAUCAAAGUAUAGCAUCACUGGUAUCCCAACAUUGGUGGUUAUUAGAAAAGAUGGUAGAUUAGUAACUGUGAAUGGUCGUGCUGACAUUCAGUCUAAAGGUGCUAAAGCCUAUUCAGAGUGGACCAAAUGUUUUCUGAUUGAUGUUUGGAUGAACGUUCCUGGAAUUUUCUGCAUUUUUGGACUCGUUGAAUGUCAAAAUCCAAAAAACCGGAACAUUAAAGUCAUUUCAUUACUCUCACGUAUUGAUUUUUGUCAUCGCAUCAUCGAAAAUUUUCAGCUCAGUCAGCAACGAUCUAGAAGACAAACAAUCAUGGACAUCAUCACUGGAACUUUGGUGAAAAAAGAUGCCUCGCAAGUUCAGGCAAGUGAUGUGUUAGGAGAUGCAGAGAUAAUAGGCUUAUAUUUUUCGGCACAUUGGUGUCCUCCCUGUCGAGCUUUUACUCCAAUCCUCGCUGCUGCUUAUGCAGAAAUGAAAAAAAUGAAUUAUAAAAUCGAAAUCGUUUUCGUAUCGUGUGAUGAGGACGAGAAAUCUUUCUAUGAAUACAUGAACGAAUGUCAUGGUGAUUGGUACGCUCUCCCCUAUGAUUCAGAAAUAAUCACAAAAUUGGAAGAAACGUUUAACAUCGAAGGUAUUCCAACUUUGAUUAUUCUUAAGAAGGAUGGAACUUUGGUGACUAGAAAUGGCGAUUGCGAUGUUGAAUCCUCAGGACAGGAAGCUUAUACAAAAUGGAUUAAGUAGUUUUCAUUAAUUUUAUACAAAAGUAUUGUUAAUUGAACUUAAUAUUAACUCAUAAAAUGUUAUAUUUUCAUUUAUAUAAUUUUUUAAAAUGUUAAAUUGUGUUAAUAAUGUAAAGAAG